AUGCCAUCACAAGUAUCCACUGAAUCUCAGGCAGUAGCGGACGAUGAAAAAGCAAGGAAAAUUCCUGAAUACGGAGUAUCAGGAAGAAGAAUAGUUUAUGAUAAAGAUGGUAAACCAUGUCGAACAUGUAACACACUACUAGAUUUUCAAUUUGCAACAGGUAAACCAUCUAGCAAAACUUCAAUCUCAACAACCACUACAAAAUCUAAUACAAAUCCUAAUUUAAAGUACCCAAAAGAAGAACCACCAGAUGUCACACAAUUAGGUAAAUCUUCAUGGACAUUGUUACAUUUGAUAGCAGCUACAUACCCAGAAGCACCAACAACAAAACAACAACAAGAUAUGAAACAAUUCAUAAAUUUAUUUUCUGGAAUAUAUCCUUGUUGGUAUUGUGGUGAAGAUUUUCAAAAUUAUAUACAAAAGAAUGAAAUACAAGUUAAAAAUCAAAAUGAAUUUGGGACAUGGUUAUGUAAUGCUCAUAAUGAUGUCAAUAAGAAAUUGGGUAAACCUGAAUUUAAUUGUAAUUUUUGGAAACAAAGAUGGAAAGAUGGUUGGGGUAAUGAUAAUAAUUAG